UUGUGACGAAUGUGCAUUCUUUGCUCAAUAAAGUUUACUUCUGUGCCUUAAUUUUGACCAAUGUAAUUUCGAUUUGCAAUCUGUGAUGUCAAUCAAAAACCUACCCACCCUAAAGGGAGUGUUUCCAUUGCCGAAGCCACCUCCAAAACGUGAUUUUAUCAGGGAAAAUAAGCAAAAGUUAAGAGCCGUGCAGAGAUUUUCAUGUCCACGGGGAGAAAAUAGUGAACAAGAUGAAUUUGGUACAAGGCGCUCGCAUGUGCGGCAGCCACAAGCGCCGGUGCGUUCGCGUUCGAUACCUGCUCAUCGCAUCCCCUCAGGAUGUUCUUGCGCCUCGAAGCAGACAGAAAGCUCAAUGGCUAGUGUGCAACCUCCAUCCCGGAGAAGAUCUGUGAAUUGUGAUAAAAGCAUUCAAACUGAUGAUAUUGACGACGAAGCAUUCCUUGCUGAUGCCUUGAGACGGUGCUCGACUAGAAACCAAAGGGACCACGGAGACCUAGGAAACGGGAACUUUAUUAGCGACACCAUUGAUGAUAUUCCUCAUCUCGAGCGCAUGACCCUAUCCUACGAAAACAACCUGAACGUAGACUUAUCGCAAAUAAACGAUGACAAUCAUUUGUCGGAAACGCAGGAGCCCAUUUUACGUAAAUCGCACUCAAGGCACGAUUUGGACGAGAAGCUUCUCGACGACGGCAAUAAUAACAAAGGCCAACAAAGGAUCUCCAACCGAUCAGAUCUACGAAGUCGUAGGGAAAUCCGAAUUCCAAAAUAUCUCGAACGUGAAAAACGCGAGAAAGAAUUACAGCGAAUACGUGAAAUGGAGAAAGACCCCAACUGCCCCGCCGGACACUAUGUCCUCAGCGAGGAUGAUCGGAAAGCUGCGCUUACAGCAGCUGAAAAUAAAUUCCGACAGCUUGUCAACGAGCUCAAUCGGAUGCCGAUGAGUGGGGAAACACUGCGAAUACGUAACAGAAAAAUGGAAAUUGAAAAGGCUUUGAUCGAUUUGGAGAACACAAUACGAAACUUCUCUAAAUCGAAGGUGUACGUGAAAGACGAGAAAUGAGUGUUUUAUGUCUAUUUGGGUUUUAUUGCUCUAGAGUUUUAAUGGAAAUAUAAAAUUGUUUUAUCGCACUUCA